AUGAAGUUUUUCCGUUUUAUUAUCGGCCUUCUGGCAGUCACGUCCGCUAUUCUGGCCCAAGCUGGAAGAAAUCGAGGUGACUCGAAUAACUCCAGACAAGAUUCCAGAUCCAACUCAAACGAGCAAGAUGAGUCCAGAAACUCGGAUUCUCGUUCUAAUGAGCAUCGUAAUCACUCGAGCGAGGAGAACAAUGUGAGUUGGAACAGUUCAAAAGAUUCAUAUAAUAUCCGGGUUUCCAGCGUUUCCGUAUCAUGCGUGACUUCACCACUUCCGAAGGCUGUCGGCGUUACAUUCUUCAAGGACAAAACUGUACCAAACACAGGUAUGCUUCUAGUUUCACCCUCUCCCCGCAUUUCUAUAAUCACCACUUUACCAACAAACACUAUGACCCUAUUCCCCCCUCUAAAACAACGUCAAUUUAGUCGACUUUAUACUUUCAGCUGCAACAGAGGACAAAGAAUUCCCAUUUCGUCCGAACAAUGCCUGCGCGAGUUUCAAUUAUUAGCCUCUCGUGGAAUCGGUGGAAGUGAUCAAUAA